AGGCGACCUGGGUGAUUAAGUGAAAAGAGAGCUGAGGUGUGCAUAUAAAUUCCGUCGAUCAAGCCCAAAGUAGGCAAGUACAGCCACGAGUGGAACGUGCACUAUGAAGGCUCUCGUACUUUCGCUGUUUCUUCUGAUCGCGCUGGUUCAUGGGUUCCCAGCAAACCUGGGAAUCAAAACACCGACGAAGGAUUCGGACCAGGACUGGAAAUUUGAAGACUGGAAGGCGAAAUGGGGGAAGAUAAAGAAGUUGGGAGGACUAAUGAAACAGGACGACCAAGCUGGUAUGUCAGUGAUUCGUUGGUGCGUCACCAGCCCUUACGAAAUGAAGAAGUGCGAAAGAAUGGCGAUGGAAUUCAACUACAAAGUCCAGCCUCGGAUGCAAUGGAGCUGCGUAAUGGCGUCAUGCAAAGAAUCGUGCAUGAAGGAGAUUCAAAAUGAAAAUGCAGACAUCAUGACUGCCGAAGGUGACGAGAUUUACACGGCCGGGAAGAUGCACAACUUAAAGCCGAUCAUGGUUGAAAAGGAGGACUAUGUCGGGGUUAACAACUAUGAUACGAAGUUUAGGAGGUUUGAAGAAGCCGACGGUACCCUCAAGCAUUAUUCCGUUGCUUUGAUUAGGAAGUCCACCACCGGUAUCAACAGUUUCCAAGACUUGAGUCAGAAGAAAUCAUGUCACCCUGGCGUGGACUCAAAAGCCGGUUUCAAGUCCCCGGUUUGUUCGCUGAUAAAGAAAGACAUCGUACCCGAGGUCGGAAAUGUGUACGAGUGCGCCGGGGAGUUUUUCAGUGACAGCUGCCUACCUGGCGUGCAACACGACAAAUUCAACCCCAACAUGACAAACCCGGAAUCUCUGUGCAAGUUAUGCAAAGGAGAACUAGAUAAAGAUGAGAAGUUCUGCAAGACCCUCUCAGACAAGGAGCCGUACUAUGGAUGUGACGGGGCACUGAAGUGCCUUCAAGACGGAGAAGGCGAUGUGGCUUUCUUCCACACGCGCGAUAUUUUGAUGAAGUACGACACAUUUUCAAAAGAGUUUGAUAUCGUUUGCAAGAACGGGAAGCGUACUUUGACAUGGCAAAACUUCAAGACACCAGAAUGUCGUCUAACUGAGGAACAUCCCCAGGUUUUGAUGGUAAAUGAUAAGAAACCGAAGAACUGGAUAAAAAAAUGUGUUGAUGCUCUCACCGACGCCUCAAAAAAAUUCUCGUCACCAACCAGCGGUGAGUUUGGUCUGUUUGACUCCACCCCAUAUUGCACGAAGGAUGACAGUGAUGAGAAAGGAAGCGAGCUGACGGACGGGCUAUUCAAGUGGGACGAAAAUGUCAUGAAGAAAAAGGACCUAAUCUUCAAAGACUAUUCUGGUUCUCUGAAACCCAUUCCAGAGGAAAAAAGAACCUACGAGAAAUUCCUUGGCAAUGAAAUGGUCGGUGUGUGGAAGACCUGCGAGCAGUUAGAGCCCAAACCCCGCGCUUUCAUCUGUGUUGUUGGAAACGACCAAAUGAAUAAAUGCCAGGAUAUGAUCAUCAAAUUCCAAACGAUAACUGAGGUAAAAAAAGUGUCCUGGGGUUGUAUAGAGGCACCCUCUAAGCAAGAGUGCGUAGAAAUGGUGGCUUAUGGCCAAGCUGACAUGGUCGAUCUUAACGCGAUCGAAAUGUUCGUGGCAGGAAUGGAUUUCAAUCUGGCUCCUUUUGUUGCGGAGAAUUACAAGGAUAAAGAUCCAAUGACAGAAAGUAUCACCAUCGGUGUCAUGCGCAAAGACAUCAAGAACGAUCUUCCAGAGAUGAAGGGUUUGAAAAUGUGCAAUGGAGGUGUGGACAAACUCAGUGGAUUCCUGCACCCUAUGGGCUGGCUUAUGGCUAAUGGCACCGUACCAAGAGGACCCACGCCUUUGGAAGCAAUUGGAAAAUACUUUGGCAAGAGCUGCGUGCCCGGUAUUGACAAAAUGGACCUCACCUCUCACCCACUGCUUUCACGCACACUGAACUGGAUAGGCAUGCUCAAAGACAAGAUUGUAAGAUGGGAGGACUGGUUCAGUGCCCCUCUCUGGCGUUUGUGGAAAGACAAGCGGGACGGUAAAAGUGUCGACUACAUAGCCAUGCACAAGAUCGAGGACUUUCAAUGUCCAGAGUUUAAGGCGAUGAUUGAAGAAAUGGGCUCUUUCAAUCCACGCAUGCGUAAACACUACACACCGAUGAUUCAUGAGAUCCUUGAGAAGACUGGGAAGGAUUUCAAGUGGGAAAACUACGAAGGCUUGAAAGAUUUCUAUGGCUUUAAGAUGCCUGAGUGGAAGAUGAUCGGGUGGGUGUGGCACAAACCUGAAGACUGGACAGAAGAGCAAUGGGCGUUCUUCCUGAUGUGGGCCGAGCGCUCCUGGGAUCAAAAGGAAGACUUGGCGUUUUACGUUGAGAAGUGGACGGAUGAAGACUGGAAGACAUUUAAGACCUGGAUGGACGCAGAGUUUCAAGAUUACCAAACAUAUGACAAGUCUUUACAUAAGGAUACUUUUAUCAGACUUACCCUCUUGUGCUCUCGUUACUAUUGGCUGUUGAAUGAAUGGAAGAACCUCCAGUAUGACGACAUCGACAUGAGACAAUACCGUGAAAAGUUGUGUGAUAUCUGUGCUGGCCAAGGUGACGAGAAAUGCUCCAUGGAUUCUAGCGUCGAAGAUUACUACGGCUACCAAGGAGCAUUGAAGUGCCUCGAGAAGAAACAUGGCAAUGUUGCUUUCAUCGAUGCCUACACUUUUGACGAUACCAUCAAAGAAAAUUCUUAUAGUAAAGACGACUUUGUUCUCUUGUGCCCUGAUGGUAAAACUGUAGAGUACACUGGAGCUGAUUCUUAUGAAAAAUGCAACUUUGGUCGUGUACCUUCCCAUGCACUCGUCACCUGUAACAUGCACGAUGGCAUAUGGCGAUGGAAGGUUACCAAAGCCUUGCUUGAAGCUCAGAAAGUCGUGCCACAACAGGUAUUCAAAGAUUGCAUAUUCAGCAAGAACAUGGAGAGCUUGACACCUAUACCAUUUGUCAACCAGACCUACCAAGUAAGACUUGGCCCGAUGUUCCUUCGUGCCAUGGAAAGCCUCGUGCAACCACCAGUUAAAGAGAAAAAAAUGAAAUAUUACGCUGAUGAUUGCCUUGGGGAAGAAUGCGACGGAGAUGAAGAGGACAGGCCCGCCUGUGAUGAUUGUCUAGAGGGUGACAACGUGUGUCUUGAGAACUGCUGGGAUGAAGAACCCGUAGAAAUAGAAAAACUGCCUUUCCAACAGAACGACAGACCAAUGUUCCAAGGCUAUCAGAUUCCUAAGAAACCUGACUAUCUAAAAAUAACAGGAAAACUCGGAGGCAAGAAGAUCCUGAUGGGUGGUGUGAAAAAGAUUACUCUUUGGAAGCCAAAAUCCCGGAAAAGCCGUCAGAUUAUGGGCAAAAUGCAAACGAGUACGAUGGAAUUCGGCAUGAAAGGACAUAUGAAUCACCAUGAUCAUAUGAGAUCCAUGGAUGGGUUUAUGAUGGGUUCUCAGCCUGGCAUGCGACUUAUGAAGCACGGAGUGAUGCCAACAAUGCGAGGAAGGAUGUUUCCACAUCCAAAGAUGUCUGCCGGACCAAAAAAGUUCGGUAUGAAACAUAUGAUGAAGUUUGGACCCAUGAUGACAUCUGGCGUGGACAAAAUAUACAUGACGCCUUCAAAAGUGAUGGGAAUGCAUCCUUUCAAGCCUUCGUCCAAGUCAAUGAUGAUUACGAUGAAGAUGAUGGGCAAACAGCAGUUCAUGAACGAGCCAAUGCAUGGCGGUAAAAUGGCCAACCAUUUCAUGGAAACUGGUCCACUGAUGCACAGUCGCAAAUCCAUUCGCGGCGAGUUUUACACCAACGUGAUCUUUGUCCGUGAUGGUACCUGUAACACAAUUGUUCAUGACCUUACCUGCUUUGGAGAGAAGAGGAUCAUAAGAAUGAAAGCUGGACGUGUCAGCCAAACUCCUAUCUCUGUCCCCAUGUGUCCACGACCUACUGUCUUUAAGAACACCACCGCCAUAUUUACGUGCGACAAUGGUGCCAGCUUUGUAAAGCCCAUUUCUCUUCCCGUGAAAUGCGCCUAUGCGCCUUGCAAACCAGGAUUCUGGCUCCCUGAUUGGUCAAAUGAUCAGUACUGGCAAGGAGACAACUCGUAUACUGGUGGCGAUCAUUGGGGAAACAAGCCUUGGUGGAUGCUUGCCAGGCGACAGGAAAAUGACAACUGGUUCUUGGCAGCACGAGACGAGAAUCGCGUGUUUAAAAAUUCCCAAAAGGGCAAACACUAAGAAACAGAACCAGAUGAAGAAUGUUCUUUUUAAGAGGUCAAAACAUUCAUUAAAUACCGGACUGGUCAACUGGACUUACAAAAACAGGAAUAAAAAUCAAAAACAAGAAAAGUACCAAAAAAAAGUUUAAUAGGUUAAAGGGUGCAAAACUUGUAGAUUUACUUAAAUUUUUCCAUAUAACAGGGGUAAGAUUUUGUGCUAUGUUUGUUCACUUUUAUCUGAUCAUCGAACUAGAUUAAUGCUUUACGUGUGUUUUUUUUUAUUUUUUAUUUUUUUUGCCUAUUAUGGGAAUCACCAUAUUAACGGUUUUUUCCUUCAACAAGGACAACUUUGUGUGAUCACUUAUUUUUUAUUUCCCGUAUUUCCCGUUUGAAAUAGUGUUAAAGUGUGUCGGAAUUAAAGAGCAUUUCACAAAAUA